AUGGGCUGGUUAGCUGCGCAACUGGGUCAGCAAAAGACCGCGGAUCCAGAGACGCUACCACGUGUGGUCUCCGCCCCCAGAUCCAACAUCGCGGACCGCCGCAUUCGCAGAGUGGCAACGACAUUACCUUACUCCGUACUCCGUAAAGAUAGAGCCUUAGGAACCCGCAACUCCACUCCCGGAUAUUCGGAUCACAUUUUCGUACUCCAUACACAGCAAGCACAUGACGGGCGCUGGGUCUCACUCUUGACUACUGGGAAACAGAGUAAACCCUGUUUGUUCAACGGUGUCUCUACAAGUCCACGGACACAGAUGCACGAUCAGUUUCCGACGAAUUGA